UUCCCUGCGUUAUUUAUCCUGGAGUUGCGCAACGGGCCGGACCAUCCCAGGAUAACCCAUCUGCUUCUAACUGCUAUAACCAAGCAGCGCUACAUUUAUCACUUUUGAAACUCGUUUUUUUGGUGGUUAGCCCUCACGUUUAUCUCAAAAGAAUGGAUUUUGAUUUGCCUCCUUCUGUCCCGGUGAGCGGGAUCCCGUGGGACAGAGUUCUGCCGCCGUUAUUUCCCCGGCUGAACGGGACGAUUGGACCGUACGCCUGGACCCCGACCGAACUUUUAAUUCCGGUUUCAGAGCACACCGGAGCAGCACAGGUUACCUGUGAUCAUAAUGGAUUUACUGUACAGGUUGAUGUGAAACACUUCAGUCCUGAGGAGCUCUUAGUCAAAGUUGUUGGAGAUUAUGUUGUGGUUGAGGGAAAACAUGAACAAAGAAAGGAUGGUUCGGGACUGGUGACGCGUCAGUUUAACCGGCGAUAUCGGAUCCCGAGUGGUGUGGACAUCAUGGCACUGGAAUCAGCCAUGUCACCUGAAGGAAUGCUAAUCAUCUCAGCACCUCUGCAACAAGAAGAUAACUCCAGACUGUUGAAUCACUGUGGACCAUAACGCACACGUUUAUGCUAGGCCCCUAAAGCUCAUAUCUUCUCUCUUAUACACACAAAAUACAAGAGACCAAAAGCAAUGUCCACUUCCUCCCUCUUCCCGACUGCCAAUUCCAAACAGACUAAAUUCCAAGCCAACAAGAAGAUGGUAUAACAGUUUCUUUGCACGUACUGAUGGCUUAGCACACAUGAGCAAGACAAAUUUGUUCUCAUGUCAACAAGGUCUUCUGAUUCAAAAUGCUUAUACACGGGCAAGUAAUUUGCAUUGCACAUUUAUGCAUUUGGUGUUGAAAGUGUACAUUUUAUUCGCACGUGAACCCAUGACCAGAGACAGCUUCAAUAUAUUUUGUUGUACCUAAAAAUGGCACAGACUCUUCAACUAAGCAAUUCUUCCAAAGCUACGCUGCGAUUGUAAAUAUUCUUAAAUUAUUAAAAUGAUUAGCAAGUGUUCAUUUUGUUUUGAUCUUUAUGUGAUGUAUAGUUUGAAUAUAAAUAAAUAUGUGAUACUCUU